AUGUGCGCACUCCCUCCAACUCCAAUCCUCAGCCUCACAGAGGGGUACUGCCUGGACGGCCGCCGCUUCCAUCCGUAUUCGAUCCGGCUGGAGGAGCAGCUGCGCGGCGCCUUCCCGCGCGGCUCCAGGAUAUUUGUCGACCAGCAGGGGCGGUCAGGGGAGCCGGUCGUGCCCAACAUGCGGGAGCGCCUGUCGCGCGCGCUCGUCCGCGCGGCGUCCGACGGGGGCCCCUUCGACUGGGUCUGCCUACUGGGCGGCACCAACGACGCAAUCUGCGGCGCGGACGCCGCGGAAGUCCUGGAGGCGCUCGACAAGAUGCACGCAGAGAUCUCUUCAUCUGGGGCGCGGCUGGUGGCGAUGACGCUGCCGCCAUUCCUGGCUCCGCUGGGAGAUGCGGAGCGGCGCGCGUUCUACGAAAUCAACUCGGGCUUGCGGCAGCGUUUCCUGCCCUCAGCACCACUUCGCGGCACGGUCGCCGGCGCCGGCGCCGCAUUGGGUGCGGCCGGCGCCGACAGCGGCGGGGAGCGGGAGGAGGCGGCGGUUUCGGGAGUUUUGCAACCGCCGGAGGGGCGGCUGCUGGUGGAUUUGGAGGCGCUGCUGUCGCCGGCGGCGCUGGGGCCGGCGGAGGCGGCGCGGCUUUGGGACGACGAGGUUCACCUGACGCCCGAUGGGUACGGCUUUGUCGGGGACCGCAUCUUCGAGGCGCUGCUGCCCCACCUUGGGCUGCGGUAG